AAAUGACUGUCAGAAAAUUGACAAAAAAUUCCUGCUGCAUGUUUAUUGUUUAUUAUCAUUUUGCAAAAGAAAAUAAACAUAAAAAUCAACUCUAAAUUGAUUUGCAAUUGCAGCAAUACGAUAAAAUAUUCCUGUCAAAGUGUUACAAGGGCGAUCAAGUUCAUAUUUAUUUCGAAAAGUGGGUCACUUUGGGAGAGGCCAAUCUAUUUAUUUGGUGAGAAUAAAGAAAUUUAUAAUAUGAACUAGUUGAUAGAGCCAGAAAGUAGCUAGAACAAAGAGCCUGUAGAUUAGUAGAUUUUGCUGCACUGUUGUUAAACAAAAAAAACUUGCAUGGUCUUGAAAAUUUGAACAUAAAUUUGGGCUUUGAAGAAAUCCAUUCCAAAAUGUCACUGUAUUAAAUCAGCCCCCGUCAUCAUAAGAUGGAAGUUUAUAGAACAUCCAUAGCUAUCAAUUCACGCAGUGGUUACAUUAAAGCAAAAUCGUCGGUGAGCCAUCUCACUAAAAAUUUUGAGGACGGUAUCGGUUUUGAGGAAUUGGGAGAUUCAAGUUCGAGUUCAGACAUGUCCAGCCAAAACUAUUCGAAGCUUUUCUACGAAUCAGAAAAUCAAGAAAAUGAACUGCCUAAAAGGUAUGAUGAUAAGUAUCCUGAUGCUUCAAGGUUGCUGAGAUCCAAAGUUAUUGAAGAGGAUGAGGAUAGGUUGCAUUCGACUCAUCCUGCUGAAGAACCUGCUCCAAUGAUUAUGAAAACAAUUAUGGUUGGAGGAGAUUAUCAAGCGGUUAUUCCUGAAGGCUUGUCCCAUUAUGGGGAUGCUUUGCCUUAUGAAAAUGAUGAUAAAUUGUUGUGGGAUCCUGUGCCCAUUACUUCUGAAACUAUUGAAAAUUACCUUAGAGAAGCUUCAGCCAUUUGUAAAUCAUCUCUUCCAAUGGGCAAACAUUUAAGAGAUAAUGAACCAGCUUUACACUUGCUUCAACAGUGUGGCCACAAUACUGAAGAAGCUUUAAGAAGACUUCAAGUCAACAAACACCUAUAUGAAGAAGAAGCCAUGCAAAAUUGGUCAGAAGAGGAAUGCAGAAACUUCGAAGCUGGCAUAAGGCUUUUUGGUAAAAACUUUUGGAUGACUCAGCAAAACAAAGUCAGAACAAGGUCAGUGGGGGAAUUGGUGCAAUUUUAUUAUUUGUGGAAGAAGAGCGAGAGGCACGAUAUGUUUGCUAAUAAGAUAAGACUUGAGAAGAAGAAAUAUGUCCUGCAUCCAGGAGUCACUGACUUUAUGGAUCGGUUUUUGGAGGAGUCUAGUGAUUUUAGGGAUAGGAGUUCUUCACCUAAUGUGGCAAAUCCUUAAAUUAAGUAACUUUCCUUCAUUAGUUAACUUUAUAUGAUAUUAUAAUUUGAUUUUUUUAUUAUGCCUAGCAAUAGUAGGUUUUAUUUUGUACAUCAGAGAUGAUUUGAAUGAAGCUUUAUUUAUCAUUUAAAAUUUUCUUUUGGCUUCUCUAAAUAGCUGGUGUGUCUGUAUUUUCCUCGAUUUGUGAUUGGUCCUGUUCCAUCAUGCAUAAAUUCUUUAAAAUAAAACAAAACUUUAAAGCUAAAGUCAUAUAUUUAUGAAUUAAAAUGCUAGAAAUACGAAUGAAUGUGUGUCAUUGGAUCAGGCCGUAUACAAUAAUAAUAUUCAACCUAAAAUAUUUACAUGAUUUUUGAUAUAACUCUUAUAACUUAGAUGUGUGUAACAUUUUGUAUUUGUAUUGAAACCCCUUUGCUAAAAUGUGACCUGACGGAAUGGUGAACGACAGAACUUGCUUGGGUAAUUCAAUAAAUUAUCAGCAUACAAUAGUGAGGAGUCAAUAAUUAAAACUCUUAGAAGAAAUUAAAAUAGUUUCCUUGAUAUUUCUUAUUUAUCUGAUUGUUAAGCACUGAUUGUUCUAUUUACAUAUAAACAAACAUUUUCGGAUUGUCUAAAUUUGUGCUAUUUACAUGCACACUGUAAGAAGGAUUUUUAACAAUUUUACAAACAAAAAGGACCCUAUAAAUCAACAACAAAAAAAUUUAACAAUGACAUUCAUGCGAGAAUGCUUCGAUUGCACUAUUAUUAUUAUUAUUACAUCAGAUCUGGUAGUACUCGGGUAUAUAAUCAUUAGCCAAGUUACUUAAAAAAUUGAAAUCUGAAGAACCGUUGCUGUUUUGGGGUUGAGCUACUUGUUGGUUAGCCGGAGGAGCGUUUUCAGCGCUGUAGUAUUGAUGGAAAUUAUUGUAGCCCUCGCUGUUUUCUGUUGGAACGCUAGAAGGUGGCGUCAUUACUCCUGCUGGAGUGCUGUUGGAGCCUGCAAACACUUCUGAGGUCAUUGUGUAAGAAGAGUCACCGUUGUGAGGCACUUGAGUGCUGCUGGGGUAAGUUGAU